GAAGAGAGACAGAGGAAGAGAGACAGAGGAAGAGAGACAGAGGAAGAGAGACAGAGACCGAGAGACCGAGAGAGACGAGCGCGCGUGGGGCUGGGAGAGGAUGCGCUUGCUGCUGAUGGUCGCAGUCUUCACGGUGGUGUCCGCAGUGGGUCGAAGUCGAGCUAAUCCCAUCGCCGUGCAGAUGCGCGCGCUACGCGGACGCAGGCUCCACGCGCCCCGUCUCCGCUCCCCGCUCACCGGGACGUCGCUGCUGCCCGCCACCUCCGACGUGUGGGUUGGAACCCGAGGCCGGGCUGCCCGUGGGGUUCCGGCCGGAUGGGCGAGAACCGGAGCCGUUUCGGCGGCCCCCGUCGCCGCCGCCGCCGCCGCCGGGAGCCCCGCUGGGAAAUCUCCGUCGAACUUCAAAAACCGCUCGGAGCGCGGCUUCUACAAGCAGCACCACCACCACCGUCACGGCGCGGCGCCUCUGACGAGGAGCAGGGGACAUCUCAAGGAUGGGUGCUUCGGCCUCAAGAUUGACCGCAUCGGGGCCAUGUCCGGACUGGGUUGCAAGCGAGGCAAGAGCCACGGCUGAUGGAGUUGACCGAUGGCGCCUGCACGCGGCAAUGGCGACGAGCUGCAGCUAAACGAGUCACGUGCGACUCGUCCUCAGUACACACACAGUACACUCACAGUACACAUACACAGUACACUCGCACACUCACACAGUACACACACAGUACAUACAGCACACACUCACAGUACACACACUCACACACAGUACACACACACACACUCACAGUACACACACACACAGCACACAUACUCACAGUACACACACAGUACACAAACUCAGUGCGCAUGCUAGACAGGGUACACAAGCACGCGUUGUCAGUGUAGUUCACGCACACGGCACGCACCCGCAGUGCACACACUCUACACUGACAGUACACACACAGUACACACACAACACGCAACACAGUAAACGCUCGCGCAGAACGCACGCAGUAACACCACACGUGCAGUGUCACUACACGUGCAGAGUACACGUGCAGUCACACCACACGUGCGUGCACGGCCUCACGCGCGCACACAGCACAAAGGCUCACUUUAGGGGGUUCGCGUUCCCCCCCCCGACCCCCCCGGGGGGUGGGACAGGUCAAGGUGGUGGCCGGCUUCACGGCUUCCUGCAAUCAGCCGCGCUUUAAUUAACUCCCGAAUCGCAACUCGAGGGGAAGGUGUGGGGAGUGUGUGGGGGGGGGGGGGUAGCCAACACACGCGCGCACACACAACGCUUUGAACGAUGGUUCGCGGGUGAGCGUAAGAAUCGAUUUUUAAAAAAAAAUUGGUAAUUCGUCGAAUUAAUCAAUGAAUGUAAUGGCUCGAAUUUGGACCGUGGAUUUGGUUUCUUUUUUUGUUUUACUGAAAGGGAAUUGCGCGCGAAGGUGACGUACAAAACGUGGCCUGCAGGAAAGAAACACACGGACCGUUUACAAAGGAGCGAGAGAUUACGAAACGAUACCCGACAAAACAAUACAAAUGAGAGAGUUGACAAGAGGAAGCGGGGCAUUUAACAAUCCCGGUGACGGGUUUGUUGCAGGAGGUCGUGGGUUCGAUCCCAACCCUGACGCCUGCUGCUGAUGCUGCUGCUGUAUAUUUGGAGUUUGCGGUGUCUCUCUCUCUCCUCGUGGUCGCGUGGAUUUUUCUCUGGGUCCUCCCAAGUUUUUCUCUUCACAUUUUAGAAUCAACAUCGCCACGCGUUAAAUUUCGAUUUAAAGCUUUCGUGACUGCAGGGAUUCAUCGUCUUGGUUCUUUCGGUAAAGUCACGUAGAAGGGAAGUAAUACAAUAAUAAAAAUAAAACAUUUAUUAUGUUUUAUUGUUAUUAUUUUAUUAUCGGUAAAGUCACUUUACCGAAAGAACCAAGAAGAUGAAUCCCACGCGUUUACAAUAUUUGGCUGCUGCUGCUGCUAGAAAUGUCCACGUGGUGAGCCACUUUGUUGAGCUGUCAUUUGUGGCAAGGUCGCUUCUGAAGAAGAGCCACAGAGCUCAGGUGGGCCUUAGGGCCCGUCCAUAAAUGAC